GUUCCACAGGAAGUUCUUUUGGGGAGUGCAAGAAAGGAAAUAAAUUUGUACUGUAAAGCACGCUAAAUAUUUAGCUGCAUUUAAAAAUGGAAACUCUUUACGGGCUUCCUUUUGCUGUGCUGGAAUGCCCAAACAUAAAACUUAAGAAGCCGUCCUGGCUCCACAUGCCUUCGGCAAUGACGGUUUAUGCUCUGGUUAUAGUAUCGUACUUUCUUAUCACUGGAGGUAUCAUCUAUGACGUCAUUGUCGAACCACCCAGUGUUGGCUCAAUGACGGAUGAACAUGGUCACCAGAGACCUGUAGCCUUUUUGGCAUACAGGGUGAACGGGCAGUACAUCAUGGAGGGCCUGGCCUCCAGCUUCCUGUUCACCAUGGGAGGCCUGGGCUUCAUCAUCCUGGACCGCUCCAACGCGCCCAACAUCCCCAAGCUCAACCGCUUCCUGCUGCUGUUCAUUGGCUUCGUCAGCGUGCUGCUGAGCUUCUUCAUGGCCCGCGUCUUCAUGAGGAUGAAGCUGCCGGGCUACCUGAUGGGCUAGGAGCCGGUGCACAGGGCCAUCAAAGAGAGACACAGGCCACACGGGGGUCUUCAGGGUCCUGAAAAGGCUCAAAAUGGAGACUAAGGUGCCAUCACUGCAGUAUAGCCUGGCUAUGACAUUUGAACAUCAACCCAGCACUUCAGGAGGCUCAUCUUGUGUAUUAAAUGAACAGUGCUGUCUUCAAAUUGUCAUAGGGGAACUACCAUUCCAGAUUUAGGGUUUUUUUUUGUUUUUUGUUUUUUUUUUGUUAUUCCAGAUCAAAGCUAUUGAAUGGAUUUCAGUUUUCGUUUUGUCGAUUACUUGACCCCCCUCUCAUAAAAAAAAGCACUUUGUAAAUCAAGUGUGAUCUUUGAUGUGGCCUUACAUGACCCAGGCUGUGUGUGAUUCAGUUUAUGGUUUUUGUUGUUUUUUUUAGUUUUUUUUUCCUAAAAUGAUCUGAAAUAAAUGUUUGUACUUUCCAGAA